AUGUGCGAUGAUGAGGCAGCACCGAUGGGCACUGAUAGGCAGCACUGAUGGGCACUGAUAGGUGGCACUGAUGAGCACAGACAUGGAGCCAGGGGCGGACUCACAACUCAUGGGGCCCCCAGGCAAUAGGGGAUCAUGGAGCCCCUGCGUCCUUGUCCAAACUCAAAAAAGCCUAUGAAAAAGGUACCAGGGGCAUCUCAUGGGGCCCCCUACUGACCCCGGGCCCUCGGGCAGUACCCGAGUUUCCAAAUGGUCAGUCCACCCCUG